AUGGCUGGAUAUCAAAUUCUUGGUGCAAUAUUGCAAGAUGGGCACUCCACAACAAGACCACCAUACUUUAAUGGUGAACAUUAUUGCCAUUGGAAGGAAAGAUUUAAAAUCUUUGUGCAGUCAACUGAUUAUCAAGCCUGGGUUGUAAUUAAGAAAGGACCUAAACCUAUUCCAAGAGCCGACACUGAAAACAAGGAAGACGCAGAAACCUCAACAAUUGAUCUAGAGUCACAUGACAUUACCAAAGAACAACAAGAGACACUGCAAAUAAAUGCUAGGGCAAUAGCUUUGCUCUACUGUGCAGUAAGUGGAGAAGAGUAUGCAAAAAUUUCAAACUGUGACACUGCCAAAGAAAUGUGGGAUAAACUUGAGACGAUGAGAACAUCGAAUCAAUGUUCACAAGAUUUAGCAAGAUCAUUAGAGAACUCUCAACAAGUUAGAAAGCUUGUUAGAAGUCUGCCAAAGACUUGGGAAACCAAAGCAAUUGUUCUUGAAGAUGGAAAUCUGGAUAUGUUCACCUAUGAUGAAUUAAGAGGAAAUCUAAUAGCCUUUGAAAAGAAUCACAUACAAAGAUAUCAGAAGGAUGAAAAGAAGAAAGUGGUCGCCUUCAAGGCUCAAGUUGAAGAAUCUGAUGAUGACUUUAAAGAAGAAGAAGUGGCUAUGAUUUCUAGGCAUGUGAUAGAAGCCAUGAGAAGAUCAACAAAUAACAGAAAAGGAAGCUCAAACUUUAGAAAAGGUAAGACUUCUACUGGACAGCAAAAGACUGAUGGAAAUUGGAGUGAAGAUGAAAUUUCAGAUGAAGAAUCUGAAGAAAUUGAAAAUGUGUGUUUCAUGGCCCUCGAACAAAGCAGUAAGGGACUUAAGUAUAACCUGUUAAGUGUAAAUCAGCUAUGUGAUUCUGAUCUUGAGAUAAGAUUUAGUAAAUCAGGUUGUGUCAUAGAAGACUCCUCUGGGAUAAAAAUUCUUCCUGGAAGCAGAAACAAAAAUGUUUACACUUUGGACUCUGUCAAAAAUCCUAAAGGUCAUAUAUGCCUGGCAUCAAUGGGAGAAGAUCUGUGGGUGUGGCACAAAAAUCUUGGGCAUGCCAGUAUGCGCUUAAUUGAAAAACUAGCAAGACAUGAUCUUGUAAUAGGAUUGUCAAAACUCAACUACACUAAAGAGCAUUUAUGCGAUUCGUGUCAAAAAGGUAAACAAACUAGAAACUUUUUUAGUUCGAAAGAUAUUGUGUCUACAUCCAAGCCUUUGCAACUACUUCAUAUGGAUCUAGUUGGUCCUACUAGAACUGCUAGCAUUGGAGGAAAAAGGUACGCAUUUGUUAUAAUAGAUGACUUCUCUCGUUUUACCUGGGUAAUAUUUCUUGCUCAUAAAGAUGAUACUCUAAAGAAUUUUAAGUUUUUUUGUGAGAAAAUUCAGCGUGAGAAAGGAUAUUACAUCACUUCCAUUAGAAGUGAUCAUGGAGGAGAAUUCGAAAAUAAAGCUUUUGAAGAAUUCUGCAAUGAUCAAGGGUACACACACAAUUUCUCCUCACCUCGAUCUCCGCAACAAAAUGGUGUAGUUGAACGAAACAACAGAACCCUUCAAGAUAUGGAAAGAACAAUGAUCAUAGAAACAAGCUUACCACAUCACUUUUGGGCUAAAGCGGAAAAUCUUGGCAAGUUUGAUCCUCGAAGUGAUGAAGGUAUAUUUCUUGGUUAUUCUCCUACUAGUAGAUCCUAUAGAAUUUAUAACAAACGUACUUUAUCUAUUGAAGAGUCUAUUCAUGUUGUAUUUGAUGAUACUAAUCACCUGGUCGAGAAAAGGAAAAUUGCAAAUGAAGAAGAUAGUCAAAUACUUACUGCAGUGGUUACAAGACCCACUGAAGAAAAGGCACCCUUUGAGUCGACUUCUGAUGCACCUCAGUCGACUGAUGUUACUAUUGGAAUAGUUCCAAACGAAUGGUGA